ACCGUCAUGUUAACGAGCGAUGAGAUCCUGGAGCAAGCGGCUCGUGACGGCUCUAUCGACAUANUCGUACAUAACGAAUUUCCCACGCCAAAGGCUCCUCCACCGCCCAGUCCUCCAGUCCUAUUACCUGCUGCACCAGUCGUCCUCCCCUCAAACGACGACUCAGUCCGUCCACAAAAGUCGCCUGAACCCACCGUGCCAACAGCAGAGUCUUCCGAACCGGUAGCCAGUAUCGACAAGGAGAACACAGUGCCACGACCACCCGUGCCUUCCUUUGCCGCAAUUCCCCAAGUCCGCCAGCAAUCUCCUUCCUCACCUCUACCUCCAGAACUCUACACCCUCUACCACUACUCGAGGACCACACUAGAGAACAACUUUCCUAAGAACCCGCCAUACACAAUCCAACGCCUCGCAGAGCUAGUCCUACAUCCAAAGAGAUACUACCGCUACCUACCACCCUUCCUUCAAGCCCUCGAUCGCGUCGUCUCCGUCACCAGCACCGUCAACGAGUUCCCACUAGCCCAUGCCAACAUCGACUCUGCGAGCAGCUUCCUGGCGAACGGCGAGCCGAGCGAGAACCAUUCCGAACGCGAAGGCCUCGGAAGCGACGAAAGUCUGGGCGGCGCACUACUCACUCCGAUUCCCUGGUUGAAACGCGAGAACGGCCACCAUGAUUUCCGCAGCGAAAGUUCGCAAACCAUAGAAGGUCCCAAUGGCGUUGGCGUCAUCGAAACCGUUUCUGUCUCGAAUGGCGGAUCUGCCUCACCUCAAGAAGAAGACACAAGGAGUCAUGAACAACACUUGCGAGCAGAGGGUGGUGUCACACAAGGUGAACUGCUACGUCAAGAGCAGGAAGCAGGCAUUGUGCCCGUGGGUCAGGAAGUCCCGCGUCGCACCUUGAUGGCCGGUGGUUCAGCCAACGCCGUUGGAAGAGGAGAGAGCACAAUGGCCGUAGAGGAAGAAGCAGGAGAAAAGCCAGAGGAACAUGCACACGCGCGCGGCCCUGAGGAGAUUGGCGCUGAGGAUAUGGGUCCCCAACCAGAAGCCUCCAUUGGUGUCACAAGACCCUUGAACAUGGAAGCUGCAGCGGGUAGAGCAAAGUCGCCAGAAGUCUCACAGGACCAAAAGGGCAUGGAAGGCGACACUUCCAUAGAAAGCUUGAUGCAAGGCGAGGNNGAGGACAAGAAGGCAGAGCCCGAAAAGGAAAACCCAGGCGAAAAGGUCGAGCAAGCUGACGAAGAGAUGCCAGACGCAUAG